GGCAGGCGAACCAGCCAUUGGAGGUAGGAAGAGCUUGCUUGCUCGAGCUCGACCAAGAGCUAGCUAGCUAGCUAGCUCGAUCGUGUCGGAAUGGCUGCGACUGCCGGCGCCGCCGGCUGCACGGCCUACCCGUGGCCGAGGGAUGGAGCCCAGCGCGGGGGCAAGGUGUUCAUGCAGAGCGACUGCACCGCCUGCCAUGGCGGCGCCAUGUUCUCGGCCAGCGACGACGGCGCGGCGCGGGCCGCCGCGUGGGAGCCCAAGGCGGUGGAGAUCGUCGUCUUCGACUUCGAGGAGGUGCAGCCGGCGGCGACCCUCAACGGCGGCGCGUACCCGCCGGACCUUACCCUCGUCUCAAAGGGUCUGCGCGGCAACCUCUACGCCGCCGGCGGCGGCGCCGCCGCGGCGUGCCAGGAGCUGAGGAAGCGGACACUGGGUAGCCUCGUCUGGCUCUGAAAGUCUAGAUGCCAAGUCUGAUCUGUGAUCUGUCCAUGGUGACAUCAGUGAUGAUCUCUUGUACUACUAUCGCUUCCUCCCAGCACUGUGGCACUGAAAUAAAUUAAUUUACUCUACGCAAAAUGAAAUGCAUCACCAUGUAGGUGUGUACUCUA